AUCGGCUUACGACUUAAGAGUUGGAUGAGGCUUCUUUAACUUAAUUAAACGUAACAGCAUCAUGCUCGAAACUACCGGUGGCGGACUUCUUUAGUUCAAUUCGUGUUGACGAAGGGAAUGGUGCAAAUUUCAUAUCAGUCUUUCUUUCAAGCAUUCACACGCAAUUGUCAAAAUUUUCAGAUAUUUUUAAGUUCAUUAGUAGUUUAUGCUUACGGUCGACGCGUUAAAAUCGUAUAAGAAAUCAAGCAGACAUGGCGACGAAAAUCGAAGAGCACGAUCGCGCCACGACGAAGCAAGAUAGUCAAGCGAACGAGAAGAAUUGUUCCUCUGGGACGAAAAUCAAACGUAAAUCCAGAUCCGCCAGAAGACGCCUGCACGCCAUGAUGAGCAAUGCGUCGUUCCAUUUCUCCGAUACAGAUUCCGAGGGCGAGCUGACACUGAUCACUAACAAGGUGGGCAAGCUCAAUCCCACGCAAACUUCGCAAAUUGACAGUCAAUGCUCUAGACCGUUAAUCUCCGUCACCGGUGCGGAGGGCACCGAACCCUCCGAGACGAAGAUCAAAGAUAAUCUCGAUUACCUCAUAGCGGACGGUGAGACCAGAUCUCGAUCGAGACGCGGUAGCUUCGCGGAGAAUCUCACCGAUGUCGAUGAGAUUUACAGCGAUGAGAAGGAAACGGAAGCUGAUGAGAAGACCAUCAGAAGCAAUCUGAACGUGAUCGACAACGACUACCAAGGGGAGACAGAUCUGGAGGACAUGGAGGGCGACGAGGACAUUGAACCGACCAUCUACGUCGCGCUGAGAUCGGACAUCCUGAACGAGUUCGGCGGCGAGAUGAUCACGACCAAGGAGGGCGACGGACCGUUCUCUGUGGAAGUGCGAAAUCGAUUGUCGCGCGAACAGGUCUCCGUCGACAAGGGGGAUGCUGAGGAAGUGCCGGAUAUGCCCAACACUGACAGCGAAGACAUGGAAGCGUCCGAGGACGAAGCCAAGCUGGACGAGGCAGCCGCCUGCAGUCACAUAUACGACGAUAUGUAUGAGGAUAUCUUGGCUGCGUCCCAAAUUGUCAUGACCAAUAAAAUGGAGAACACACUGCACGUACCGGAUACGGUCGACGAUGUUGUCAGUGAUUGUCAUACCGAUGUGGAGGACGUCGAUUAAACAUAAUUGUUGUUGAGAAGAAGAAACUCUUUCAAGGAGAUUUGAAACAAUUAUAUGAAGCAUGUGAAAUGAUAUAAUUCUUGGAAUCAAGGUCUCGAACAAUUUCCACAGUCUCUCCGAUUAUACAUAGCAAGAAUUAACGUUCUAUUAAUAGAAUAUCGAGAUAUCAUCGUUAGAAAUGAUUAAUGGAAUAUUGUAAGGAGCUAUCGUCCACAACUGUGAUUGGAUAAAGUCACUGAAAAUAUCUAAUAGGAUCUGAUAUGCUUACACAACUGUUGCAACGAGAGUUGCAUAAUAAUAUUUAAAUGCUCUUUCUUUUCAAUAGGAAGUCUUGAAGAUAAACAGAAUGUGUUGGAAUCUUUUCUGUAAAAUUUCUAGCAUUCAAGCAGCUAUCAAAACCUUCAGAAAUAUGAUCAAGAAAGUGUUAUGAGUUAAGCAACAUGAAGUUUACAGAUAAAUUGUAUUCGACAUUAUGACGCUUUUCACAUAAAAAAAAUCCGGCAUAUUGUUCUUAAAUUAGUUCAUUCCUAAAUCAGCCUUAUGUUAAUAUCUUUUUCUUAUAUUUCUUUACCCUUCUUUCGAAAAUAAUUCUAAUUUUUUCGCAGCAAAUGUUUUUUUCAUGAAGAAAUAAAGAAAAAUUAUUUAAAAACUAGAGUAUGUAAAGAAAAGUAACAAACCUUUUUUAUUAUGUGUUAAUAAAUAUACUAUAAAUUUUGGAAUAAAUAUACUAUAUCGUGUAAAGUAAUAGGAACGUUUUAUUUUCUGAACAAUUCCUAUAUUCGAAUACCGUAUGUAGUUCGUCGCCGAUUUUUACGUUUUCCUUUUUGCACCGUGCCUAUUAAAUCUUUGAUGGGGCGAAUGUAAUAAUUCAAGCAAAAUAAAAAAAUGACAGAAUUAAUUCUUUUGAGAAACAAUACCAUUUGCGUCAAAAAGAAGUGUUCGUCGUUCAAAGAAGUCCGCUUAUAUAACAAUUAUAAAUAUAUCGAAAAAUUAUUCGUCCAUUUAUGAAAAAUCGGUAAACAAUACCAUGCACGUGGAAACGAUUAUCGACAAAUUAAUUCUUAUGUUUUUGUCAUGAAACCGAUAAUAACGCAAUAUAUGUGUACUUGUUAUACUUGCAGACCGAACUGCCGUCCUCAACAUUAUCAUAGACAACCGUAUGGGAUAUUAAUGCAAAAGAGUAUGUCUCCGCAGAUUAGAGAAAUUUUCCGAUAUAAACACACACAUAUAUACAUACAUAUAAUUAUAAUUAUAUGAUAUAAUAUGUAAAUAUAUACGUACAUAGAGUUAAAUAAUGUUGAUGUUUUCUUUUCUUGACAAUAGCAUUGUUUUCAUUCUCCUUUUGUUUAAAAUCAAGUCUUUGUACGUGCAAGGACAAUAUAGAAAAAUUUAUUUCGUGAAUAUUUGUAGAUUAUAUAUCUUUGGUUGAAUACAGCUAAACAAAUUUAAAUUAUAUUUUGUAUAAUAAAUUUCUAAUAAUCUUUACUCUUUCAUACAUAUACCUGAGAAAUAUACAAGAAAUAUAUGAUAAAAAUAAUAGUCUCAUUAUCGCACGUGACACGCGCGGUAAUAUUACAUCCAGUAUUUGUUAUAAGCUGUACUUUACAGUGAAUUAAAACCGUUGGAUAUAAAACAGAAGAAAUUUAUUUUGCGACAUUAUACGCGAAUCAUUGUUAUCAUAUUGUACUUGUCCCAAUAAAAAAAUUAUAAAUAACAAAAAAUUACAUCUAUAUCUGAAACGUCGGAUUUCUUGAGAUUUCUCUCAAGUUAAUGAACUGAUGCUGUUUUGCAUUUUGCGGCUUUAAUUAUGGUUUAAUACAUCUUGUACCUGCGACGACUGCAUAGAAAAAAAAAAGAAAAUGAGGAAAAUAAGAGAAUAAAGGGUUUGCGAUACGAAAGUUCUCGAUCGCCAGAUCUCGCUGAAUAUAUAAAGGAACAAUACUGUAAAGAUAGAGACACAAUGUAUCCCAGCUAUUAUAACGACUUGUGCUUAAUAAAAAGUAUAAUGUGAGCA